AUGGCCCUUAAAAAUGUUGACUACUCUCUUUACCUUGUGACAGACUCUACACCUGCUAUACUUGGUGAUAGAAAUCUGGUUGAUGUGGUAGAUGCUGCAGUUCGUGGUGGUGUCACGAUUGUGCAAUAUCGAGACAAAUACAGCGAUACAGCUGCCCUGGUUGAUACUGCGAGGAAGUUACAUGCUGUCACACGAAAGUACAAUGUUCCACUUUUGAUCAAUGAUCGAAUCGAUGUUGCUCUUGCGGUCGCGUGUGAAGGUGUCCAUAUUGGUCAGGACGAUAUGGAUCUGAAGACGGCAAGAACACUGUUGGGCAAGGAUGCAAUUAUCGGAGUAACAGUGGCCAAUGUCCAAGAAGCUUUGACAGCAUCUAAAGAUGGUGCAGAUUAUCUAGGAAUUGGCACAAUGUUUGCCACACCGACGAAAACCAACACCAAGGAUAUUAUUGGAACCGCUGGCACGAAGGAAGUUCUGCAUUCUUUGCAACAGUCAGGAAGCCAAGUGCGAACCGUAGCAAUAGGUGGCAUCAAUUCCUCAAAUCUACAGCGUGUCCUGUAUCAGUCGGCAUCAGAGGGUAAGCAGCUUGACGGGGUGGCCAUCGUCAGUGCAAUCAUAGCAGCACAGGAUGCCGAAAAGGCUGCCCGCGAGCUUGCAGAACUUAUACGGACCCCGGCUCCGUUUGCGCUAGCAAAUUUACCGCAUGAUCAAAAAGUAAAAGACCUUCGCGAAGUUUUAUUGCAGGUUCCAGGAAUCAUAGGAGAUGUUGCUAAGAAGACGCCUCUAUCUCAUAACAUGACAAAUCUCGUGGUUCAAAACUUUGCUGCUAAUGUGGCUCUGGCAAUUGGUGCCAGUCCUAUCAUGGCAAAUUAUGGAGAGGAGGCGGCAGAUCUUGCGAAACUUGGAGGUGGCUUGGUUAUUAACAUGGGAACGGUCACCCCCGAAGGUAUACAAAACUACUCAAAGGCUCUAAGAGCAUACAAUAACGCAGGAGGGCCAAUUGUGCUCGAUCCAGUGGGCUGCGGAGCUACUGCUGUAAGGCGGUCGGCAGUUAAAUCACUUCUAGCAAAUGGUUACUUCGAUGUCAUUAAAGGAAACGAGGGGGAAAUCAAGACCGUAUCCGGAUCACUUAUUCAGCAACGAGGCGUUGACAGUGGCUCAAGUACAUCGAGUCUCGCGGAGAAAGCUACAAUCGUGCGUGAUUUAGCAUUGAGGGAGCGCAAUGUAGUACUGAUGACCGGGGCGAUUGACGUUUUGAGCGACGGAGUACGUACCUUUGCAAUAUCCAAUGGGCAUGAAAUUUUGGGCAGAAUUACGGGAAGUGGUUGUGUUUUGGGUACUAUCAUCUCAGCAAUGUUGGCAGUCAGUCGUGAAGACAAGCUUCUCGCUGUAUUAUCAGCAUUGCUUCACUACGAGAUUGCAGCCGAGAUAGCAGCUGUCCGAGAGGAUGUGAGAGGUCCAGGUACAUUUGUUCCAGCGCUGAUUGAUGAACUCAUCGCGACAACCCAAAAGUUGAUCAAAGCAAGUGACAUACUUCAUAUUCCCAUCUAUGCCACCACACAGAAUCGCGCACGACUGGGUGAAACGUGCGCUGAGCUUAAAAUCCCCAAUGCUGUAGAGCAUGCAGACAAAACGGCUUUUAGCAUGUGGAUUCCAUCGAUUUCUCGACAUUUCCAUUCUGCUACCCCAGCCGAAGUGAUUAUCGUGGGCAUUGAAUCGCACAUCUGCGUUACACAAACGACAUUGGAUUUGCUAGCCAAUGGGCACAAAGUAUAUGUAUUAGCCGAUGGAGUGAGUAGCUGUAACCCGCAAGAGAUACCUAUAGCUCUUGAUCGGCUGAGGGCUGCUGGUGCUAUUGUGACAACCUCGGAGUCGAUCAUGUAUGAGAUUAUGGGUGAUGCUAGUAUUCCCGAAUUCAAAGCAAUUGCUACUCUCGUGAAGGAAUCUUCAGCGAGUACAAAGGAUGUCAUGAGUACUCUUCUCAGUAAGAUGUGA